AUGGCGCAAUUUAUCAAAGGCCAAGACCCAAAGAAAAAAAUCACAUUCUCCCUCGAUUCGCCAAACACCACUGUUGGAUGGCCGGAAGUUAGUAGCGCAAACCAGGAUACAAUUUUAGAUCUACUAUGCAGUUUGCUGGAACCCAUAGGUCAACAUCGAAAUCUCUACAUUCAGCCCUCCAAAGGCAAGCACUCUCGUAAACGAAAGCGCGAAUUCCUUUCCAAUGCCUCAGCCGCAUCAGUGUCGUCCAUACCACCACCGUCACCCCCGGAACUCAACUCAUUCUUAACAAUUGGACUCAACUCAACUACCAGGCACCUAGAAUCUAUGGCUAAAGCACUGCCAACCGAAACCACAGCGCCCAGGCCCCGCCUUGCCGUCUUUGUCUGCCGUUCUGACUCGCAGCCUUCGCAACUUCAUUCUCAUCUUCCUUUAUUAUGUGGUAUUGUCUCUAAGGCAUCUCCGGGACUCCCGAUCAGACUUGUUCAACUCCCCAAAGGGGCGCAGGCGCGGUUGGAAACCUCUCUUGCAAUCCCACAAGCUGGGUUUCUUGGGUUGAUGGAAGGUGCUCCAGGGUCCACCGUGUUGCUACAGUUUCUUGAUGAGAAUGUCCCAGCUAUCAAGAUUCCAUGGCUGGAAGGUUUUCCGGGUUAUCAAACCACCAUGAUUAAGGCGAUGACGACUACAGCCCCCCAGUCAAAAAAGGGUCAAAAGGAAUAUGCGGUCAAGAAAGUUGUACGAGUUGAUAGAAGCGACAAACCUGGCAUAUAA